AUGAGUUCUGUGGAAGCUAUCGAGCAUAAAGGAAUCACUGUUCGUCGAAAUGUGGAGAUAGUUGAUUUGAUAGAAGUUGUGAGGCAACAACAGUCCGCUCAACAGUUGUACCGCCUUCGAAGUGAUCUGGAUAUGGUCUCAAAUGAUAACAAGAAGCUUGCGAAUUCGCUAGACAAACGUUUUCCUGCUGAGCGUUUCACUUCAUCUUAUUUGAUGUGA